AUGACCACCAUUGCAGUAAUUGGUGCUGGACCAGCAGGGCUCUCGAUCUGCAAAGAACUACUUGCAACAUCUCAAACCAAAUGUGGAGACUGGGAGAAGCCUGUCGUUUUCGAAUCACGUGCGGGCGUUGGGGGAAUCUGGGUUCCCGAUGCAGAGCCACACCAGCACCCACAGACGCCGCUGUACAACUCGUUGACGACAAACCUGCCGCAUCCCGUCAUGUCUUUCCAGUGUUUUCCAUUCCCCCCAUCCACUCCCGUCUUUCCGAGCGCCAAACAUGUCCAGAGCUAUCUCGAGGAGUUUGCCUCGCAUUUCGAUCUCAUGGCCUGCAUUAGAUUUGGGGAGAAAGUGAUUAGCCUCCAUUGGGAUUCAACGCAAUGGAUUCUCACUUCUUCCAAAGCCUGCUACCGCUUCGACCGCGUCGUCGUCGCCAACGGGCACCACAGUGUUCCACGCAUACCCGAUAUUCCCGGAGUUCAAGCCUGGCUCGACGCGAAUGUCGCUUCCCAUUCCAUCUGGUAUCGAAAGCCAUCUCAUCUGGGCGACAAAGUCUUGGUCAUUGGCGGCGGGCCUAGCGGAAACGACAUCUCCGCCGAGCUGUCGUCUUGCUGUAUAACUCUUAUCAGGUCCUAUACCGGCGCCCCCAACGAAGAACAUGGCAAUGUUAAAACACGCGGAAGGACGGUCAAGCUCGGCGAGGCAGGCCGAGUUGAGUUUGCAGAUGGGACCGUCGAAACGGACGUAGACUACUGCAUUCUGGCCACUGGAUACAAGGUUGAUAUACCAUUCCUCCAACUCGCAACCGGCAUUCCACCAGCCUGUCCACCUCUUCCGUCGGUCUUGUACAACUCCAGUUACCACCUCUUUCCCCUUGCCAGACAUCUCUUCCCGAUCCAAACCGAGUUUCCCCCUUCCACGUUGGCUUUCAUGGGCCUCCCCGUCCGUGUUGCGCCGCUUCCCGUCAUGGAGGCUCAAGCGGCGGCCAUCAUCAAGGUUUUCGCAGAGCCUAGCUCGUUGGACAUCGACGCAGAGUCACAGAUGAUCCUCAAACGGUACCAGACACUCGACACGGCGUGCAAUGGUGACCACACCGCCGUUGCGCGAUUAUGGAGUAUCUUCGACGAAGACCAACAGUUCAAGUACCAAGAUGAGCUGUUUCGGUUCGCUGGCUCCUCGAAUACGGUGCCCCAAUGGCGGAAGGACAUGUACUCAGCUAAAGCACUGUUGCGUGCAUUCUGGGUUGAACUGGAGCGUCGCGGCGAGGCGGAAGAGUGGGUUAGAGACGUUGAAGGAAUGGAUGCCUGGGUCGCAGUGAUGCAACGCCUUUUAAAAAAGGCUCGCGAAUGGAAUCCCCAAGUAAAGUUGCCUUAA